GUUGUAUGAUUUAGAAUCUAUCGGCCUAGAACUGUCCUAGAGUCUGUUCAAAUCAUCCCAGACAUUUUUAUUUAUCGUCCCGGGACGACGACGGGCCCUUAAUUUUGAGCCCUGGCUACAUAGUUUACCCAGAGAGAAAGCACAUAGUUCGAUCCUCUCGCUGAAACUGUUGAAUGAUUAUUUCUCAGUUUCUCUCCCUUGCAGUGUUGGCUCUAGUAAUGAUUGGUAGGACUGGGGGUGGUCAGGAUACAGCGAACGAGGCAAACAAGAAUUAUGAGGGAGAAGUAAGUAGCUAGCUAGUGCUAGUUUAUUAGUUUGUUGUUCUCACAUCGCGUGUCAUGACUUCCUUCUGCAGCGCUCUGUCAACACCAAUGACUGUGCUCAACACACACACACCCCUCCGGCGCUCCCUCCCCACCACUCAUUGGCAGUGUUCGAGAACAUCAAAACUGCAGGUGACUGCCAACUGACUGAUAACCUUGCAUCAUGAAUAACAACUCAUUAUUAUUUGUAGAUCGGUCAGUCACAGUUUACCCAUGAUAUUGUGGUUAUGAUCCCCUCGAACACGGCCACUGACUUACUCACUCAGCAACAGCCUGCAUCACUCCCUGAUUAUCAGUCGUAGUAGGUCACAGUGAAAUGUAAUACAAAUAAAAGAGAAAUGCCAUUUUCACCCACAAUAUGGUUUUCAAAGGAAAACCGCCGAUAUGGUUUUCAAAGGAAAACAUUAAAAAGCACUAACGUGUUCAUUAUUUUUAAUUUGGUGAUAAGAUUUGCUCUGUUUCAGUACAUGCGUGUAGGCCUUGAUCCCAUUGGAUUGGAUGUUUGGCCUAGUCAUUUGUAGAUUGUCAGGUUUCAGUUAUUAUUACCAGGUUGCGAAAUGGUAAUAACUAAAGAGAUCUUGCUAAUGAAACGCAUUCAAUUGAAUGAGUUUGACUUUCUUACGAGAAUGAAUGCUUUCAACUACCCUUUCUAUACAUCCCCAUGAUAUUUAUUUUGCCCUAUAAUUAGGUACUUAAUUAAAUCGGUGUUAAAUAUUAUAUUCUUAUUCAUGAUUCAGCAAUUACGUUUUUAACUGCGGUAUCCCCAACGUUUUCUAUGCAGGUGUAGUGAGAAGCGUGGUUCUCCUGUGUAUCUGGACUGUAUCUGGACUGUAUCAAUGGUGUCGUUAAGCAACAGAGCGCUGGUCUCUGAUAAUGACCUCUUUAGGGAAGGUGUUAGCCUGGUCUCCCUGGGGCUUGUAGAGGGAGAGGGCAGUGAGGGGGGGAGCGAGGGGGGGAGCUUUACUUCCUGUUACAGUCCCGAGGCCGGGGACAUGGGGGCUCGACUCAGCUUCAGCCCUGGAGAGGAGGAGGAUGACGAAGAGGAAGGGGGCCUGCUCCGACUAAAUCUGACCCCCACAGAGGGUCUGCCUGACUUCAGCCCCUGCCUGCCCUCACCCUUCUCUCCCACCAUGGAGGACAUCGAGGAGUUCCUCAGGGAGAAGAUGGAGCUGGUGAGAGAGGGGGUUCUCUUCUCUAGUGAACCCAUAGAGGAGCCAGCUCCCUCCCCUUCCAGCUCCAUGGAACAACCCCUCUCCUCAGGGGGACACAGUGAGCCAGGGACCAGCAAUGCUCUGUCACCCCCCACCCCACAAACCCCCAAUUGCCCUCACACCCGAAGCCCAUCCCCCCUCACCCCCUCAGUGUUCCUGGGAGCACCCCUGGUUUUCCAGGUCCAGUCCUUGCCUCUGGCCCAGCCUCACCCCCAGACAGGCUCUCCUCCUGGUGCAUCCAGUGGGCUGAGAUUGGCCCACCUGGUUCUGGGACUCCACGGAGGACAGAAUGUUACCCUGCUGGCCUCACAGGUGCCCUCCACCCUUCUCAACAUAGCCAGCACGGACGCUCCAGACCAGAAGUACGUGAAUAUUGCCCCUCUACCGAUCACUGUGAGGAUUGCCGGGGGGCUUGUUGGGGCAACAGUCAUUGGGGGUCACAGUGGAGGGGUUGUGGUCAAAUCUAUGGCCCCCCCUAGGGUCAACAGACCCCCUCCUAAAGAGACGCUGAGGGUACACAAAUGUUCUCACCCGGGCUGUGAGAAGAUGUACACUAAGAGCAGCCAUCUGAAGGCCCACUUCCGCAGACACACCGGAGAAAAGCCAUACACCUGCAGCUGGCCUGACUGUGUCUGGAGGUUCUCUCGUUCUGAUGAGCUGUCUCGUCACCGGCGCUCCCACUCCGGGGUCAAGCCCUACGAGUGCUCUCUGUGUGAGAAGAAGUUUGCCCGCAGUGACCACCUCUCCAAACACACCAAGGUGCACCGCAGCCCCCGGCCUGGCAGAAUCGUCAGAACUACCAUCUGACCCAGCCAGCAUCUCGACACAGCAAACCCAGCUCAGCCCAGUCGUGAUCCUGAUGCCACCCGUAACCCCGUUGCAGCACUUGACCUGGACGGCAGAAUUAUUAGUACCUGCCUCUAGAAUUCAGAGCAGCCUGGUCCCACACCUACACCCUGGCUGUGCCUGCCCAGUCCAACCUCAACCCGACCACAGGCGAACAGACUAAUCAGACUCAUCCACCCAGACCUUCCCCGGGAAGGCCCCGUUAGGGAGUCUGAGUCCUCAUCAGGACACUGGUGCUACAGGAGCAGACCUGGGCCAGAACUUAGAGUAGGGUUCUGAAUCUGAUUCAGACCCUGCUGAGCUCUGCCCUCUUUACCCUCUCCUCUCCUCCCUCCUGCAGCAGAGCAGAUGAGGGCUUGUCCUGGUGCUAGACAGUGAACUAACAGGUAACGGCCAUCUCAAGGAUGUGAUUGUUCAGCUUAAAGCGGAUUUCAGGCCUUUAGGUUAAAUCAAAUCCCCCUGCCACACACACACCUCGCUACCCUUAGCAGAUGACAAGUGUGACAGGCAGCUGCACAAGGUCUAACUCUCAGAAGAUAAUGUUGUAUAUGUCAUUAGAUUGUGUUUAAAAGACUACACUGUCACACAUUCUAUUCUACAUAUUAUAUUGCUCUGUGAAUCUGCUUCAGGAGUUAGACCCUCAAGACAGUCUGAGGUAAAUGCACUGGCCCAGCUCAUUCUAGCCCAUAAUCUGUGCUAUUAGCCCAGUUGAAAUUUGAAAGUACUGUGUUGAUAUGUGAGCUGCCAGAUUCUCUCAGAGAACAGGUUUGAGUCUAAAUCUCUUACAUAUCCCCUCCUGCUCCCCAUAGUGCCAACCCUCUGGCCCAAUCACAUCCCCCCCCUGACCUAACAGCCAAUUCAGUACUGUUAUCACCGCUUCCCUGACCUCGUGCCUCUUCCCACUCCCUAAAAGACGUCAGGGCUGCAGACUAGUGUCUGCUGGUUUUCACCAUGGUGCUUUACUGGUCCAUUAUGUAAUAACUGGUUAGUUAAGAGUCCACUCACAGCCACCUGGUUUGCGUCAGAUGCUGAUUGAAGGCAAGUAACUGAGUGAAAACCAGCAGACACCGCAGCCCACCUGGUCCACACUCUUAAACCUAUAAGCUCUUUUACUUUCUUUAUAUGUCUUUGAAAUCAAUGUUAAACUGACAAAAGAGACUCUGCAAAAGCUACUUAUGUGUAUACUGUAUGUUUUAUACAUGGGCUUUUCAAUGCAAAGCAAUCCGAUAUGAAGAAGUGCUUCGUCAUUUACAGUAGUAAAGGUUAGUAGGUUAGGCCAGCAAGCAAAGCUAGUCAUUUAUAGUGUACAGUACUGUACCUGAAAAGGGCAGCUGAUCGUUGUCCAAUCUGUGUCUGUAAAAUUUAACAUGUACAGAACAUAUAGAAGCUCCUUUCCAGAAAAACCCUUAGUCAGUACAUUAAGCUAUCCAGUGGUGUCUGUGCUUAGUGAAACUGUGGAAUGUUAUUGAGGGGUCAUCAGAUCAGCCAGACGGGAGUUAAUUAUAAGACUCACUCUUCCAUUAAUGAGUUAACCCAUCACACCUCAUCAAUAUGAGCCCUCUGUUCUCAAGUGCACUUAUGUUAGCAUGUCCAGUAGGAGAGGGUUAAGCAUGGAGAAAAGUUAUAGGGAGCCCAACGGCUAAGGAAUUGGACCUGUUGCUGAAAGGUGUCUGGUUCAAAUCCUGUGGCGGGCACUGGAAAAAUAGGUGUGAAUUGAUCUGGUAACUGAAGGGCUGCUGGAUUCACAUCCUAAAGAUGUUCUUCUACUGUUGGGCCCUUAACACCACAGCAUGCUUUCCAUCCAGGGGCCCUGCACUGCAGCUUUACCCUGUGCUUGUCUCAACUGUGUGUGAUGUGUGCUGUAAGACAUGGACAAUAAAGUUGUUUUCUAAAUGCUAUGCCAAGGACUGGAGGGCUCUGCUACCAGUAUGUAAGCUGUAGCUCUGGAUUUGAGUGUAAAAUGUGCUUUUUCAACAGGCUACUGCACUUAGGAAACCAUAUAGAGAAAACAAUGGACUUUUCAGGGUAGCAGUUUUGGCCCAUAUUCCUUCAGAGAAACCAGAGUGGGUACAUGCGCUUUAAACCCACUUAUAUUGUACUCAAAUGUCCAGUCCAUCACUCACAUUUGCCAUCGAUCCCAGUGAUUCAGAAUUUAUGAUGAGCCAACCUUUUUUUUUAAACACAUUUACCCAUUUGGAUGGGUAAACUCCAUCAGUAUCACGGGCAAUCAUCAUCAUUAAAUGGAUAUCUUGCCAUUACAGAAACAGUUUGUUGUUUUUUAAUAUUGUUUGUGUAUUUCUUUCUUUGGACAUGACUCGUUUGAUUAGAUCACGACCACAUCAACCCACCUAGACAUACGUCUGACCCAGCUGUGUGUCCAUGGCUGAUCGGGUCCCUCUGAUUCAGUCCUAUUGUACAUUUUCCCCUUUCUGCCUUACUUUCAAUCAUAGGUCGCUCUCUCCCAGUAACUCUAUCUAACUACUGUAAUAAUUCAGUUCUGCUGAAAUACACGUUCAAAAAAGAAUUGAAUACCAGAAAUGCUAUUUUCCUAUGUAUGAGAAUAAAGGAUAAGAAAAUGUAAACAUGA